AUGAUAAGAACUUGGCAUUCACUUUAUAAAUCAUUCAAGUCUUGCUUGCAAGUCCAGAAUUGUUUGAGCUAUAACAUAAGUGAUAAAUUAGAAUUUUUUACAUAUUUUUGGACUCCUGUAAAUUUUAAAUUUUAUAGUACAACAGUGUCAGUUACUCCAUCGACAAAAGUCAACAUGAGUGCAUUUAAAUUCCUUGAUUAUGAUUGUAUUGGAUUUGAUUUAGACAAUACACUUUUACGUUACAAUGUGACAAACAUGGUGCACUUAGUAUAUCAAACUUUAGCCGAUUACCUAAUAAAAGAAAAAGGAUAUAAUUCAAAAUAUUUAUUAAAACCACUGGAAGACAAAGAUUUAGAUUUUAUGCAAAAAGGAUUAUUCUUAGAUUUUGAAAGAGGCAACAUACUUAGAAUAAAUGCUGAUGGUGUCAUUCAAAGAGCAUGCCAUGGAACUAAAUUAUUAAGUAUUGAAAAGAUUAAAGAGAUAUAUCCUGAACAAAGAUGGGAAGCCACAGAUGCUUUUUGUAAUGAUAUGUUAUCAACAUGGAAUGGUCCUAUAUCAAUGAGAAUGAGAAGUUUGUUAGAUUAUUUUGAUGUCUCCUCGUCUCUUACUUUUGCAAGAUUAAUAGAUACACUUGAUAAGGAACAAGGAGGACCUUUAAAUGCAUAUAAUGUUUGGCCUGAUAUGUUAGAUGGAUUGAUUGAAAUGUAUGACAGAGAUCAUUUUAAACUAGACAGAGGACACUUUUUUCCUAGUAUAAAAAGUCAUCCUGAUAAAUACAUGUACAAGUGUACUACAAGAACUAAAACCUGGCUUAAAGAGUUAAAAAAACAUCGUACUACUUUUCUCAUCACUGGUUCAAAUGCUGAUUUUGUUGAUUUUACUGCUACUUUUGUUCUUGGAGAGGAUUGGAAAUCUUUAUUUGAUAUUAUUAUUUGUUAUGCAAGAAAGCCUGGCUUCUUUAAUGAAAAUCGUCCAUUCCUUCAAGUUAUAAAUUAUGAAGAAGGUGAUAUAAUAGAAAGUAAAGAUUUAAAAAGGGGUGGGAUGUAUAGCCAAGGUAAUUGGAAAGGACUUAUUGAAUUCCUUGGAUAUGUAUCUGAUAAACAAAACCCUCGUUGUUUAUAUGUUGGUGAUAAUCUUGUGCAAGAUAUUUAUGUUCCAAAUUCAUAUGCACAAUGUGAUACAGUGGCUGUAAUUGAAGAACAAAUGUCUGAAGGAAUGGUUCAUCAAAGAUUAUCACAUCCAGAUGAAAAAGUAUUAAAUUCAACAUUUUGGGGUUCUUAUUUUUGUUUAAAAGAUUCUAGAAUUAAUAUGGACUCCUUAUGGGGGUCUGUUAUAAAAAAGUAUUCAAAACUUUGCAUACCUGAAAUCGAUUUAAUAGCUCAACUGCCAUUAGAAGAAUCUUAUUUGUGUUUUAGUAAGGAUGGAAUGAAAUAUGAUGGAUAUUAUCCUGCAGUACCACUUAGUAUAUCAACAUUUUAA